AUGCCGCCCCGGAAACUCCACCAGAUUGCGGUUGGGAAAUGCCAUGCGCAAACCGCCACGGACCGGUUUGGCGAUGGCGCAAAGAUUGCCGUUCGUGACCGUGAACGAGCUUCGCUUGGCAUGCAUCCCCAUAACGCUGAGAUGCCCUUCACUUGGCCCGGUCUCGACUCGGACGACGAACAGGAGUCCGUUUCAUCCAUAUAUAGGGUCAUUCCCAGCAUGCAAAAGUUCCGUAACAACCUGACGGCCCUCUCCCAGGUGUACAAUCUCUACUUUGUCGCGUACCAAGGCCGAAUCUUUGUCUACAGACCCCGUACCGUCCCGACGCAGACGAUCCCUCGCCGACCGGACCUGCAACUCGCCCCUAAGCCCAGUGUUGCCGCUUUUUCGAUUGGUGGAUUCCUUGAUUUUAGGCGACCGCAUUUGAUCAAUCACAUCGUUACUGGGUUUCUAGGAAAGGAAGAGGUUGUCGUCGCAUGCUACGACGACGGCGAUGUUGUGGCUUAUUAUGUCAAGGAGGUGGCUGAACGAGUGUUCCACCGCCGCGGCGUAACGACUGGCGCAUCAUCCAGAGGACCACCAAGGCGAUUCUUCCACGAAAAUGUUGGCAUUUCUGCAUGGGGGCUAGCAGUACAUGAGAAAUCGCGGCUCAUCGCCGUCAGCUCGAACCGGCAUGAGGUGACUGUCUUUGCUUUUGGGCUUGCUUCAGAGCGCUCCAUAUCCAAGGAAUUAUUAGCCCAGAUUCCCCGUGACCAAACUGACGCGAAUGUUCGCCAGCGAGCCCGGAACUGGAGGAUCGUGGUCCUGCUGGGUACACACGCGGAUAAUGUUCCUAAUGUUUGCUUCAUAGAUGAUGACGACGGCUACGCAGAGAAGAUCUGCGCCAUUGAUAUUAAGGGGGCCAUGUGGCUGGCCGCCAUCUGGAAGGCGAACCAGCCCCCAAUAUACAUAUCUCCCCUCUGUCAUCCCCAACUGAAAAGCGAGGAAUUCUACCCUGCCCCUUCUAGAGGUUGGGGUAUUCUUGCCCUCCCGGAGAGCAGUUUCAUCCAAGUUAAAACCCCGGAGGAGCUGUUUGGGCUACCCGCAAGCCGAGUAGAUCUCGUUUACGAACCGCCUGGCCGUGGUGGUCAGCCUCUAGUGAACGUUAGGAAAAUUCUCAAUGACAUUCCUGGGAACCCUUGUCGGUUGCCUUCGGCGGCAUUCGCAACCAUUGUUUUGAACCAACUUCCACCCAUGAUCUUCCCGGCCCAAACCAUGGCAGUCCAGGAAGCUGGCGCUUUGAUGGGUGAAUUUGAAGUAAGCGAAGGAGAGUUUGGAGAAUCAGAAGCUGACAGCGAUGGGGGGGAGGAGGAGGUGGAAGAAGGCCAGGAGGGAGACGAUAUAGCUGAAGCCGGGGUUAUGGUUGACGCCAAUGAUAACGACAUGAAUGCGCCUCAGGUGCAUGUCGACCCCCCGGGCCCUUGGGUUUUCCAAGCUGCGUUUGGGGAAGUUGACGAGGUGUUUGGGGUGCUAGGGGAGGGGGACGGCGAGUUCCAACAAGGAGUUGCAGCCGUGGGUGUGGCAGAACUCUCGUUGGAUACGUUCGAUAAGACAGGUAGCAUGUCGUCGGACGGACAGGCCCAAAUGCUCGACGAUCGGCCGUUGGACUCAUUCCCCACGCGGCUUGACAUGACUUUCUUCCCACACAAUGGAGUUGUCCAUCCGACCCCACGGGAUAAGGCCCGGCUUCUGGCGUUUCUAGAGCGCCCCUAUGAGUACAACGCUCGCCCCAGACAGGAUGAGCAGGCACUGGCGAAAUACGCGAACAAGUUCCACCUGCUGCGGACAUACGAAAAGGACAUCGAGAUGCGAGGGUUUUGUCAUUCCAAGGAAACGGGUCGCAAAGAGUUUGGUGUUUUAUGCCCCGACGCCCUCAACUUUGGACACUUUCGAGACCAAGGUCUCAGGCAUCACUUUCAUGCGACUAGUCGACUCAAUAUGUUUGCUCAUGCGCCGGAGUUGGCACUUGUGGUAAUCGGGUCGCCGACGGGACGUGUUGUGUUGUUGACGCUGACUCGAUUGGCCGUACCGAUCGAUCGACCGGAGGGAGUAUGGGAACACGGGUUCCGCGUGGAAUGGGUUCUACCAACUCGAGCGGACGAGGAGGCACACCGAAAAGUUCUCCGGCCACUACAUGGCAUGGCUUUGGGUCCGGUGCAGUCGGGUGACGGCGACGGCCACGGCGACGGGACGGGAAGAAAUGCGGCGCUGCCGCGGAGAUAUCGGCUGAUGUUGCACUAUCGCAACCACGACAUUCUAUCGUACGAGAUUACACGCGAGGGUCAGACAGGCAAACUGUGCAUAUUCUAA